AUGGAGGAAUUCAGUGAAGAAAAUUUGCCAAAUUUUUCCAUCUUUAGCAGUUCUAACACAAAUGAGAGAUUUCCAUGGUUGCAGGAAGAGGAAAUUAAUACUCUUAGAAGCAGAAACGAAAACUCAAACACCGCCAAGAGCACAAAAACGUGGCUGAACGUUUUCAACGAGUGGAAACUCCAGCGUAACGAAGCGAGACGUUUUGAAGAUAUCCCUCCAGAAGAGCUAGAUGCAAUUCUCUGCCGCUUCUUUGCCGAAAUUCGAAAAAAAGACGGCGGCGAAUAUGAACCAGAAAGUCUGGCAGUGAUGCAGAGCGCGUUGGACCGCCAUUUAAAAAACGCUGGCAAAAAACACAGCAUCUUGCGAGACCGCGAAUUUGAAAAGUCAAGGCAACAACUUGAGGCGAAAGCAAGAGAAUUGAGAGUGAAGGGUUACGGAAAGCGAAAAAAUGCAUCUCACGCUUUGAAUGAAGAAGACGAAGAAUUCCUCUGGCAGUCAGGUCAGCUCGGUAAACAUUCUGCUCAAGCUCUGGUCAAUGUAAACUUUAAAAAUGUCACUGAACACUUUGGCCUCCGAGGGAGACAAGAGCACUAUUCAAUGACGGUGGAAGAUUUCAGCAUCAUAACCAGUCCUGACAGCGUUGUCAAAUACAUAACUUUUAAAGAAGGUCCUACAAAAACGAGGCAAGGAGGUCUCCGGAUCGCCCACAGAGCUGUACAACCCAAAAUGUUUUCGACUGGCGGCGAAAGAUGCCCUGUAAUGCUUUUCGAAGAAAUGCUGUCUAGAAGACCACCAGAAAUGAGAGACAGUGGGCCAUUCUACUUGACAACUAUUUCAAAACCCAAGGGCCAAGUAUGGUUUAGCAGACAACGAAUGGGUGAACACAAAAUUGGACAGCUUAUGAAAGACAUGGCUGUCAAGUCUGGUCUAACUGCUGCCACUGGUAAGAAAAUUACCAAUCAUUCGAGCAGAAAAACUUGUGUGCAAAAGCUAAAGAAUGCUGGUGUCCCGAGGGACAAGAUUAUUGAUGUUACUGGACACCGUAAUAUUCUCAGCCUUAAUUCAUAUGAAGGAGAUGACGAGAAUCAGGCAAGGGAACUGUCAAAUAUAAUCAGUGGAUGCAAGCAAACAAGUGAUAUUCAACAACAACCUGCUAACAGCAGCCCCAAUAAGGAUAGACUACCCCUUCAAGCCAGUUCUUCCAGCAACAGUUUCAGUACCAUCAACAACUUUACAGGUCCAGUGAAUUUCUAUGGUGCAUUUCCUGGCUUUCCAGGUCUAUCUAAUAUGCCAGUGCCAACUCACCAAAGCACAGAGCCACCACAUACAUGGAAAAGGAUCAGAGCUUCUGUACUCUCAGACUCAGAUGAGGACUAG